AACUAGUUGGUGCUCGUCUCUCCGAGUAAGACGUUCCUUGAACUUAAAGCAGUGUUACAGCUAUAAUUACAAAACUAUCACGCCACAAUCAUGUCUCCGAGGAAAUUUUUCGUGGGUGGAAACUGGAAGAUGAAUGGCGAUAAGAAAAGCCUAGGCGAACUUAUCAAUACAUUGAACAAUGCAAAACUCCAUGCCGAUACCGAGGUGGUGUGCGGUGCCUCUCCGAUCUACCUCGACUUUGCCAGGUCCAAGUUGGAUCCCAAGAUUGGAGUUGCUGCACAGAACUGCUAUAAGGUUGCCAAGGGCGCCUUCACCGGAGAGAUCAGCCCUGCGAUGAUCAAGGACUGUGGCGUGCACUGGGUUAUCCUGGGCCACUCUGAGAGGCGCCAUGUUUUUGGGGAAAGUGAUGAGCUCAUUGGCCAGAAGGUGGCUCAUGCCCUGGAGUCUGGUCUGGGUGUGAUCGCCUGCAUUGGAGAGAAGCUGGAUGAGAGGGAAGCUGGCAUCACGGAGAAGGUCGUCUUUGCGCAGACCAAGGUCAUCGCAGACAACGUGAAGGACUGGAGCAAAGUGGUCCUUGCUUACGAACCUGUCUGGGCCAUCGGUACCGGCAAGACUGCCUCUCCCCAACAGGCCCAGGAGGUUCAUGAAAAGCUCAGGCACUGGGUAAAGGACAAUGUCUCGGAGGCAGUGGCCAACUCCGUCAGAAUUAUCUACGGAGGCUCAGUGACCGGUGGCACCUGCAAGGAGCUGGGCUCCCAGAAGGACGUGGAUGGCUUCCUGGUGGGCGGAGCUUCUCUGAAACCAGAGUUUGUUGAAAUCAUCAACGCUCGUGCAUAAAAGGGAAGCAACGUGAGGCUGUGAGGUCAUCUGUCAGCUGACCAGUCACAGACCAGCGCAGCACUUAGACCCCGCCCCCUGUCUUUCCGGUGUUUGUGUGAUGUCACUACUUCUGUUUCCUUUUUUUCCUUUGUUGUUCAAAGGGACAGAUUGACACGCACUGCACUGCAUUUCAGUCCAUGUACUGGAAACGCAGUGAGUGUACGAACCCGUAUGUCACUGCAAAAACGAGCACUGAAUUGAUAAAACACUCUGGACGAAUGUGCAUGUGCACACCUUGUGUGCACAGUUUCAAUUUUUCGGGCGGUCAAUCGAAUUAAGUGUCCUUUUAGUAAAUAGGUGGCUCUUUGUGUAAUUGAUGUUUUGUUGCUAAACCUUCCUGUUAGAACUGCAUGUCCUGCUUUCUGAUUGGCUGGCAUGCCACAGGGGAGGGUUCCUCACCAGGUGUUAGUCACGUCUUGGCCAAUCGUUGUUAGAGGGAAAGUGUGUAGGAGACCAUUUUAAUAAACCAUAAGAAACGAAA